AUGGCGUCCGACUCAUCCUCAACACCCCGAAUCAAAUGGUUCUCCCCGUUCCGCAGGGGAAGCGACAAUGGGGAACCAAGCAGCGAGAAGCCUCGCGUCUCUACGUGGAGCAUGGGCAUCCUGAACGACAAGAAGACCAUCGAAGUGCCCGGCAGUGUCCUGCUGCUGGCCAAGCACCGCAACGAGCCCUUGGGUCUGCGUAACGCGCCGGCUCGGACGUCGCACUCUUCCAUACCCGUCGGCUACGCCCAGGAGGCUCCGCCUCCGGCCGCCGAGGAGGAGAAGAAGAUGACCUCGGACGGCAAGAUCAUCCUGGAACCGCAGCCCGAGGAUUCCGCCAACGACCCUCUGAAUUGGCCGACCUGGCGCAGAGACUCGGCUCUCCUGUCGCUCGGGCUCUACUGCAUGAUCGGAGGCGGUCUCACGCCGCUGCUCGCCGCAGGCUUUGGCGACGUCGCUCAUGACUACAGCGUCGAGGUCGAGCACGUCUCGCUGACCACGGGCCUGUACAUGAUGGGCAUGGGCCUCGGGUCCGUCGUCUUCUCGCCGACGGCCAUCCUGUGGGGCAAGCGACCCGUGUAUCUGUUCAGCUCGGUGCUCCUCAUCUGCUGCUCUGUGUGGUGCGCCUUGUCGCCAAACUUUGUGUCUCUGCUCCUGGCUCGCAUCUUCCAGGGCGUGGCUGUCAGCCCGGUCGAGUGCCUGCCGUCGGCCACCAUCGCCGAGAUCUUCUUUCUCCACGAGCGGGCCUACCGCAUCGGCAUCUACACGCUGCUCCUGCUCGGCGGCAAGAAUUUGGUCCCUCUCGUGAGCGCCGCGAUCAUUCAGCGGCUCGGAUGGCGCUGGGCAUUCUGGAUGGUGGCCAUCGUCGUCGGGUUCUGCGGUGCUCUGCUCUUCUUGUUCGUGCCCGAGACGUUCUGGGACAGAGCGCCUACGCCGCGAGCCAAGAAGCAGAGCCGGCCCAACUUCCUGCGCAGACUCUCGUCCAGGCAUCCCAUCUCCCGGAGCUCGGUUCCUGCCACUUCAGCCGUCACUCCCAGGAUGAGCAUCGACCACGCGGCUCUCGCCUCUCCGACUAGCCCUACUCAACACCAACCCAAGGAAAAGCAUGCCCACGUUGGGUUCGCGCCGGAAGCGGACACGGCUGGUGACGACGUUCCUCAACACGAACGACCUCGUGCCGACAGCAACGCCUCUCAGGUCCCAGCUACCCACCCUACUACCACCAAGAAGCCCGUGUUCCAAGGCUCCCUGGAUCAUGACACCCCCGACCAAGCUGUGCCGAGCACUUCAGGGCCAGUCCAACCAGCGGAGCUUAAGGAAAAGCUGGAGGCUCUGACCCCUGCGCCCGGCGGCGACGACCACAUAGCUCGAGAGUCGGUCUCCCGGCAGAACUCUCACGGCGGGCCGCACCCAGGCACCCCGCCCCACCCCCGUUCCUCGGGGUCGAACACGCCGCGGGACUACUACCAGUCCUCGGCGGCGUACGCGCAGCACAGGGUGGCCGAUAGCGAGAGCCAGUCCGUCUCGUCCGCGUCCGUCACCCCGGGCAUAGCGCCCUACACGCGCAACCUGCGCGAGCUCCCGGCCCGGUCCUUCGCGCAGCAGCUCCGGCCCUUCCACGGGCGCCUGAACAAGGACAAGUGGCUCAAGGUGAUGGUGCGCCCGUUCAUCCUGUUCUCGUACCCGGCCGUGCUGUGGUCCUCGGUCGUCUACUCGUGCUCCAUCGGCUGGCUCAUCGUCAUCUCCGAGUCGGUCUCGGUCAUCUACCGCAACAAGGAGAGCUACAACUUUGACGCGCUGCAGAGCGGCCUCAUCUACAUCUCGCCCUUCAUCGGCGGCAUCCUCGGCACCGCCGUCGCCGGCAAGGUGUCGGACCUCGUGGUCAAGCGCAUGGCCGCGCGCAACGGCGGCCUCUACGAGCCCGAGUUCCGGCUCGUCAUGGCCGCGCCCAUCGCCGUCACCACCGUCGUCGGGCUCAUGGGCUUCGGGUGGUCGGCCGAGGAGCGCGACGCGUGGAUCGUGCCGACCGUCUUCUUCGGCAUCGUGUCCUUUGGCUGCUCGCUCGGCUCGACCACGGCCAUCACCUUUUGCGUCGACAGCUACCGCCAGUACGCCGGCGAGGCGCUCGUCACGCUCAACUUCAGCAAGAACAUCUUCCACGGCCUCGUCUUCUCGCUCUUUGUCACGGGCUGGAUCACGAGCGAUGGGCCCAAGGCCGUGUACGUCUGGAUCGGCGUCAUACAGCUGAUCCUGCUCGUGUCGACGGUGCCCAUGUACAUCUACGGCAAGAGGGCGCGCAUGUGGACGGUGAGGAAGAAUUUCAUGGAGAAGUUUUGA